UCAGUUUUCUGCCGAGAAUUCGCUCUCACGCUACUCGACUUAGCGCGUUCCUUAGCGAUUUCCUCAUUUUAUUCGCCUUUGAAUACUUUUCGAUCUUCGCCGAUUAUCUUCCAAGUAUAAUAGCGAUUGAUCGUAAAUUUAAUUAACGUGAAUAGUUCGAUGUGUAUGUUUCCUUCUGACCUUUUAUUCUAUUUUUUUUUCUUUUUUUGCAAUCAAAAGAAAAAGGUGAAAUUUUCAUAAAAAUUUCUUAAAAAUAAUUUUCUGUUAUUCGUGUCACGACAAUUAUUCGAUUAUGAUUUUUUCUCUCUUUCGUAAAAUAUUAAUUCGAAAUUCGGUAUUGUUGUGAUCGAUGAAAAUAUGCACUUCGAUAAUAUAAAUGGGCAGAAAGCGUGAGAUAUGCGUUAUUGCUAUUUAAAGGUGAUUACUAUGCAACAUUGUGCCUAUCUCGCUAGAAGUAGUGCCAAGCCUCUGACAUAAGUUUAUAGAGCGAGUGGUUACCUAAGCUCUGAUAACCGAGCAUAAAAGACAUACUACGAUGGUCGACUACUACAGGAUUCUCGAAGUACAACGGACUGCUACUAGCAAUGAUAUAAAAAAAGCAUACAGAAAAUUAGCAUUAAAAUGGCAUCCAGACAAAAAUCCCGAAAAUUUGGACGAAGCGAAUAAGAGGUUCAAGGAAAUAUCUGAGGCAUAUGAAGUAUUGAUAGACGAUACGAAGAGACGAACCUACGACCAGCGAUUGUAUCAGAAGGCAUCCUCGAGGCCAGGCCGUGGAUUCACCUCUCGGAGUUACUUUGACUCUCCCUUUCAACGAUACUUUGAAAAGAAAAGGCGUGUUUACGAUCAAUAUGGAAAGGAGGGUCUACAGAUGAACGGUGGCAAAAGACGUCAUGAAAGUGACUUCAGGCCAUUGUUUACUACCUUCGUCUUUAGGGAUCCUGAGGAGGUCUUUAAAGAAUUCUUUUCCAAUUCGCCCUUCGAUGAUCCUUUUGCUGGUAUGUUUGGGCCGGGUGUGCGACGAGGACCUGGUAGAAAUGGUUCUAACAACAGUUUGAGCACGUCGUUAUUUGGACGUCUCGGUUUUCGUUCGCCAUUCGAUCAGAUAUUGCAAGGUUCGGCGGAUUGCAAUUUCACUUCGUUCAGCACGUUUCCUGGUUUCGAUGGCACGACAGGUGGCAGUAGGGCAGCAAUUAAAAGGACCAGCACAUCCACACGUUUUAUUAAUGGGAAAAAGAUCACCACCAAAAAGAUAUACGAAGACGGGGAGGAAACCAUAAUGUCAUACGAGAACGACGUCCUAAAAUCCAAGACGGUGAACGGAGUACCACAGUCAAUAACGUUCGAGGAAGUAUCGACAAGUGGUCAGGUUGCUGAGGGGAUCGAUGAUGUUACCGUGAUUAGCCAGACCGUAAAAAUGCAUCAUGGUGAUUAUCCGAAGGGUAGCAGAAGCAAAACCCAUCAUCACCCACAUGUCAAGAAGGUGGAUAAGAGUAAGAGAAAGUAAAGAGACGCGCAUCGCCAUUUCUCUGCGCUUUACGUUCCUUUCUUCAAUAAUUAUUAACGAUCGAUUGGGUUGCGGUACGAUGGACUUGAUGUAAAUUUUUCUUUUUUAUCACUAUUAUUAUUAUUAUUAUUAAUAUUAUUAAUAUUAUUAUAAUUAUAAUUAUUAUAUAUUAUUAUUAUUAUUAUUAUUAUUAUUAUUAUUAUUAUUACUAUUAUUAUUAUUAAUAUUAUUAUUAUUAUUAUUAUUAUUAUUAUUUACUACGGCAUCGCGUCUGUUGUCGCUUAACGAAGGGAAAGUUCCACGUAAUUAAUAUAACGGAUGUAUAUCUGAUUUAAUAAUCGUAUCUUGUGAGAGUGAUGUUCGGUGAGAAAAAGAAAAAAAUAAUCGUUAUGGAUUUAGAUAUCUAUACGAUUGGAAGAAAAUAAUAAAAUUAAUGUCGAGAUUAGUUAUAGUAAUAUACUUGAAAUUUCUGAUCGUAAGAAAAGCAGUAUACUAAUAACGUCUGCAGAUAGCAUAUAGUGUCAAUUUUAUAUAUAUAUAUAUAUAUAUAUAUAUAUAUAAAAUUUUGUUUUUCUUUUUUUGGUUGCUUCGUCGACCGUCUAAUAUCAUCAUUUAAAAUUAAUAUUUAAGGAAUAUGCUGAAAUAACGACAUCAUUUACUUCUAAAUCUAAAAAAUCUAAAAGAUUCGUCGUAUUAGUUUUACUUACAAAAAUUUACUUCAUUUUAAUUGUUAGAUAUAUAUAUAUAUAUAUAUAUAUAUAUAUAUAUAUAUAUAUAUAUAUACACAUAAUAAGCGCGUCAUUUCUCUCGGAUGUGUUAAUCGAAUAAGAUACGUCGUUAAAUUUCAGAACUGAUAAUUAUUAUUAAAUUUUAAGCUCUUAUCACAAGUUAUCGCCAAGUGUCCACCAUCAAAAAUUUGUAAUAUUAAGUUUUAAACAUUGAAUCGGUUCAAGUGCGCAUAGAUAUUCCGAUAAGAAGACCCCCACCCCCCACAUUGCUUUAUCAUUGCCUUAAAUAAAAAUUGCAUUGUCUCAAUAACUCAGCACGAUAAUUCAUUAUUCUUUUCUUCUUCUUCUUCUACUUCUUCUACUUCUACUUCUAUACUUCUUCUCUUUCUAUCUUCGUUAUUUUUUCUUUUAAUUUUUGCCUCGUCAUAAUCAUUUAAUAUAAUUACAAAGCGACGAAGCGUUUAAUUAAGGUAUACAUUAUUCAUUUAGAAUUCAAUUGCGCACGCAUAAUUUCCUAAAAACCUCUUCUUCUUCUUCUCCCCCCCCCCUCCACCCCGUCAAUGCCUUCUUUUUUAAAUUGUAUUCUCUUUUGUGUAUGUUUUUUCUUUAAGUACUUAGCUACUUAUGCGCGCAGAUGUGUAUAUAUCUAAAAAAAAAAAAAAGAAAAAAAAAAGAAAAAGAAUGUUAAACGCGUAGAAAUACAUUAUUAAUUACGUAUGUGUA